AUGCACGACCCGCGUCCCCACGGCUUCCCGCGCGCGCCCAAAAUGGCGGCCCAGCGCAUGAACAUCGCUAACCCCUCCCCAAGACGUCGACGCAGCGUUGCGCCGGGAGCUGUGCUCGCUGCAUCACCACCCUCACUCAGCACGACGCUGCGGAAGGCCAAGCUGCGAGCGGACAACAACAACAGCAGCAACAACAGCGACAACAACAGCAACAACAACAGCAACAACAACAGCAACAACAACAACAGCGACAACAACAGCAACAACAACAGCAACAACAACAGCAACAACAGCAACAACAACAGCGACAACAACAACAGCGACAACAACAACAGCGACAGCAACAACAACAGCAACAACAACAACAGUGACAAGAAUCCGCGGCGAGCUGCCAUGCGCAAAGCGGGUUGCGGCGAUGGCGGCGUCAGGAGGGCGGACGAACGGAGGAACAGCGACCAGCUCGCACUCCUUGCGGGCGUGGGGGGCCCCUCGAGACCGUCCGAGGGAGCCCCCCACAGAGAGGCGGAGGACGCGGCGGGGAAGGCCCCGGA